GUGCGACUCACAACAUAUGACUGAAGAGAAGAAGAGGAUCAGACGUGAAGAACCUAUCGACGUCGGCACGGCUUGUGAGGUUCUGGGAGGGACUAAUAUGUGAAUGAACUUCUGUGGAAAGAGCAGAAGGGAGAGUGUAGGAGUCGAACCAUCAUCGGAGGUACAGAAGACGCGGGUACCGAAGAUUGCGGCAUCAACAGACCUCAACUUACUGCAGGUCAUUCAACGGCUGAAACUUGUGCAGGCUCGGAGUGACCAGUGACGCGAAGCCGGCAUGGGGGAAAACUCCAGUGAGGUCACGUCCAAUAUGCACGCGUGGGAAACGAUGCCCUCAUACUGGCAAUUGGCGCACGAUAUGAUCGAAAUCUUCAACAAAUCGAUCAACAGGUAUCAGGACGGAAGCUAUCGCUUCCCGAGAGAUAUAUCCGAAGAUGUCAACUUCCUCCUCAACUUCUCCCGAUUGGAUCUUAUACUACUGUUGGCCCUGGCUGUCGGCUUCACCAUGUUGCGUACAAUUCUCAGUAAGACCAUUUUUGUGCCCUUGGGUCGUCAUCUGAAACUGACGGAAGAGAGCAUUGCGAAGCUCCCCGAGAGCAUUUGGAAACUACUGUACUACGGAUUGAUUGCCAGCUACGCUUUCAGGACGGUGAUCAGCGGGGGUCACAAUAGAUUUUUUCAGAGCCCGAGUAGUGUGUGGGAUGGUUGGACGGCCGAAGCGGCGAUACCUUCCGAUAUCUACACGCUAUACGUGAUUCAGGGAGGAUUCUACCUCCACGGACUCUAUGCCCUCUUCUUCCAAGACGCUUGGCGGAAAGAUUCCGUGAUGAUGGGGAUCCAUCACAUGGUGACGAUUUCCCUGAUCUGGAUCUCAUUCGUUUGCCGGUACCACAACAUCGGAGCACUUGUCAUGCUGUUCCAUGAUUUCUGCGAUGUUGAAUUGGAGUUUGCCAAAGUGAACGUUUACUUGAAAGUACGCAACGGCCAAACGCACAGACUCAACGACAUUCUCGCAGCAGGCUCGUUCUUGGCGAUGACAGUGACCUGGUUCGUCUGUCGACUGUAUUAUUUCCCCCUGAAGGUCCUGUACGCGUCGUCCACCGUGCUCCUCCGGCGAGGCUUCAUCCCUGAUUAUACGUUGCUCAACAACACGAUGUUGCUCGCGCUGACAGCGAUGAACUUGUUCUGGUUCUCCCAGAUGCUAUUCCUGCUGUAUAAGAUCCUCACCGGAGAAUUGCAGGAAGUUGACGAUCUAAGAGAAUACGAUGUUGUGGAGAAGCUCGAAAGAACUUCAGACAAGGUCACGACGAAGAAAAUUGACUGAGCGCUUCUGAUAUUUUUUUAAAAUGUUGGUAUAUCAUUUUUAUUUUGCAAUACUCAACUAAUUGUUACGUACGAGUUGUAUAUAAUAAAUCCUAUGACUACCUGCCACAACGAAUGAAG